AUGUUUUCUCUCAUGGUUAUAUUAUUUUGGGCAGUACUUGUCUCAUCACAGAACACAGAUAUUGAAACUUCACAAAGGGAUUCUACUGAUCAAUGUUCCUAUACAUUUAUUGUACCAAGGAAAGACACAACGAUUGAUUCAUCUGGGAAUAGAUCAGAUAAUCAACUAUCGGACAGACUCGCCAUAUUGGAGCAUAAUUUACACCAGAUACAAGUCGUUAUGAACAUACCAUCAACUCAAUAUUCCAACUAUCCAAUCAUCUAUCCACAAGACUGUCACCAUGCCUACAUCUUAAACAGCAGUUCACUGAUAGAGGGCGUAUAUCUGAUACAACCUGAAGACUACCCUGAACCAUUUGCAGUGUACUGUCAGGUGACUGAUACUGGAGUGUGGACAGUUAUACAGAGAAGACAAGAUAACACUGUAGAAUUCUAUAACGAAUGGCAGGCAUAUAAAUGGGGGUUUGGUCAACUAACUGGUAACCACUGGUUAGGAAAUGAGAAAAUAUUUUAUAUUUUGAGAAGUGGUGUGUAUAAAUUACGAGUUGAUUUAGGGGACUGGGCGGUUCACCACAAGACAUCACAUCUACUGCAUACAAAGAUGUUUUCUCUCAUGGUUAUAUUAUUUUGGGCAGUACUUGUCUCAUCACAGAACACAGAUAUUGAAACUUCACAAAGGGAUUCUACUGAUCAAUGUUCCUAUACAUUUAUUGUACCAAGGAAAGACACAACGAUUGAUUCAUCUUUGAAUAGAUCAGAUAAUGAACUAUCGGACAGACUCGCCAUAUUGGAGCAUAAUUUACACCAGAUACAAGCCGUUAUGAACAUACCAUCAACUCAAUAUUCCAACUAUCCAAUCAUCUUUCCACAAGACUGUCACCAUGCCUACAUCUUAAACAGCAGUUCCCUGAUAGAGGGCGUAUAUCUGAUACAACCUGAAGACUACCCAGAACCAUUUGCAGUGUACUGUCAGGUGACUGAUACUGGAGUGUGGACAGUUAUACAGAGAAGACAAGAUGACACUGUAGAAUUCUAUAACGAAUGGCAGGCGUAUAAAUGGGGGUUUGGUCAACUAACUGGUAACCACUGGUUAGGAAAUGAGAAAAUAUUUUAUAUUUUGAGAAGUGGUGUGUAUAAAUUACGAGUUGAUUUAGGGGACUGGGCGGGUGAUACCACAUAUGCAGAGUAUGAUUUUAUGCAGAUUGGUAACGAAGAGAGUAAGUAUACGCUGUCAAUCGGUGAAUAUUCCGGUACUGCUGGGCAUUCUAUGACACAUGACAAUGGUAUGAAAUUUAGUACAAAAGAUGAGGAUAAUGAUUUAGGGUCAGGUUGUUGUGCAUGUGAUUCAUAUGGACAAGGUGCAUGGUGGUAUCGUGAAUGUACUUAUGCUAAUUUAAAUGGUCCAUAUAUCAAUUAUAAUGGUAAUAUAGUUAGACGUCAUAAGUCAAUUCACUGGCACCAUUGGCAUGGACUUUAUCCACUUAAAAACACAACAAUGAAAGUACAAAGAGUACAUCCAUACUGGGAAUGA